AUGUCUGGCAAUUCGGGACGCCUCACUCAGAUGCAGAGUGGUCAGCAGUCUGGCCCCCUCAUGACUAGCAGUUCUGGACGUCGCCCAAUUAUACGUAUUGUUCAUCGGCGGGACUCCACUUAUGAGUCGGUAGUCAGGAGCCGCAGGAUGAUGAUGAUGAUCAUGAUGAUGAUGAUGACGACGAGGAGCAGGCCUAUGAUGAUGACGAGCAGGCUUAUGAGUUCGACUUUGAUGCAGCUGAGCAGCCGCAGCUACAGCCACAGCCACAACCCCAGCCACAGCCACAGCCACAGCCACAUCCACGUCCAGAAAUCUGUUGCCUUGUCGACUACUGAAGCAGAGUAUAUUGCAAUGGCAGAAGCAGACAAAGAAAUGCUUUGGCUGAAGAGGUUUCUUCAACAAUUGGGAAUGAAGCAGGAAAGGUACGAUAUCCAUUGCGAUAGUCAGAGCGCAUUGGAUUUAAGUAAGAAUGCGAUGUACCACUCUCCCACGAAGCACAUUGAUGUCAGAUAUCAUUGGCUACGUCAAGUAGUGAAAGAACAACAAUUCAGGUUGGAAAAGAUUCACACUAACAAGAACCCUGCUGACAUGAUGAAAGUUGUAACAGGUGGAAAGCUUCAACUUUGUGCCGAGUUGAUCGGCAUGGACUGCAUGUGA